GAGUUUAUCGCACAACUUUGCAGAGUUCCGUGGCAGAGCAGAGCAGAGCAGAGCAAGACACACGGGACUAGCGUGGAGACAGUUGAAAGGGUUCGCUGCUUUUCACUUGACCAGAGUUUUAGUUCUCUUGAACUUUUGACUGACAACAGGCUUCUUUAUUUUGUGAGGCUAUUUAAACUUAAGCGUUUUCUUUCGAGUGCUCGGCACCACUUUCAAGUCGUUUGAAUGUAUAACAUGAUGGAAACCGAGAUUAAAAGCCCCCUUCCGCAGUCCAACACGGGCUCCGCGGCGGGCGGCAAAAACAACAGUUCCAACGACCAGGACCGGGUGAAGCGGCCUAUGAAUGCUUUCAUGGUGUGGUCCCGCGGCCAGCGGCGGAAGAUGGCACAAGAGAAUCCCAAAAUGCACAACUCUGAGAUCAGCAAGCGCCUCGGUGCUGACUGGAAAAUUCUGACUGACACCGAAAAGAGACCCUUCAUUGAUGAGGCCAAGCGGUUACGAGCCAUGCACAUGAAGGAGCACCCGGAUUACAAAUACCGUCCCCGCAGGAAGACCAAGACCCUGCUGAAGAAAGACAAGUAUUCCUUGCCCGGAGGACUUUUGGCACACGGUGCCACCGCUGUCAACAACGCCGUGUCAGUGGGCCAGCGGAUGGAGUACACGCACAUGAACGGCUGGACGAACAGCGCGUACUCUCUCAUGCAGGACCAGCUGGCCUACCCUCAGCAUCCCAGCAUGAACAGCCCCCAGAUCCAGCAGAUGCACCGGUACGACAUGGCGGGACUUCAGUACCCGAUGAUGUCCACGGCCCAGACCUACAUGAACGCCGCGUCCACGUACAGCAUGUCACCAGCAUACACGCAGCAAACUUCCAGUGCAAUGGGUUUGGGCUCCAUUGCUUCAGUGUGCAAGACGGAACCCAGCUCUCCUCCUCCGGCCAUAACCUCUCACUCUCAGCGUGCUUGUUUGGGAGACCUGAGGGAUAUGAUAAGCAUGUACCUGCCCCCCGGAGGAGACAGCGCCGACCACUCCAGCCUACAGAGCAGUCGGUUACACAGCGUUCACCCGCACUAUCAAAGCGCAGGGACUGGCGUGAACGGAACGCUACCCCUUACCCACAUUUAAAAGACUCCUAAAAAGACUAAGUAGGCUACAUCGGAUACUUGAACAUUUUGAUUCGCAAAAAAAGAAUCGAAGUUCAAUUUCUAUUUUUAAUCUCAAUGAGUUGUCCGUUUUAGAGCAUUUUAUGACGACAUAUCGGGACUCUUCUGAAUAAACUGUAAUGCAGAGGAGCUUUUUAUCAUAAGCUGUAAAGCAAUCAACGUCUGUAGAAGAAUAUUGGACUUCUGACUUAUUUGCCGUCAGAGUUUGUUUCUAUGAAAAAGGCACGUGGUUUCGUGAAGAGGCUGUAGCCUGUUUCAAAAACAAAAAAGAAAGAAAAAUGGAGCGAAACUAUGUUCACUCAUAAAUGUUUACACUUAUUUUUAGAUUGCCAGUUUUGUCCAAAUCUGUGUAGUUUUUUGUUGUUCAUUUAUGAACUAGGUUUUAUUAUAAUUAAAGACUGUGCUGGUCGCAAGCGCAAAGUUUGUUUUAUUUAUAGUGAGUUGUUUUUUUUAAGCUUGUGAACCAUUGUACGUCUUGUUGAAAUGUUCUACUUUUGUUUUGUGAAUGUUUCUUUCUGUGAUGUUAUUGCAGUAUCAGGUUAACCCAUUAUGUGGGACGGAGAGUUUUAUUUAAACUGACGUUUCUACUCAAGACCAUCCUAUUCCUAAAUGAAUAAAUUUGUUUUACAAAAAAGUUUCAUGGCUAGAAAUGUUUUUUUUUUCUCCAAUUACUAGUUUGGUUAUUUAAAUCGCACGUCUAGCCAAAAACUAUAGUGACAGGUUUAGUCGAAUUCGCUUUAAGCAGAAUGUGGUAAUUUGAGGCGAUCGGUUAAAUGAAGAGUAGGCUAAAUAAGCGAAUUCAGACACGCUCGCUACCAAGCAGAUGUCAACACUCGUGGAUUGUUAUUAAACUUUCUCAUCAAACAGAAAAUAUAUUUGUGCCUUUCAAAUGCCAGUAAAUGCAAUCGGUCUGUAAAUGAAUAAAAUAUCAUUCUGAAGCUAAUUCAUUCAUCUCGCUCAAAUGCCGGAUGCCUUUCUCCCGAAAGUAUCAAGUGCUGUCUAUAACUUUAGUCAUGAUAAUAGCCUAGGCUAUACCAGCCAUAAACUUUUUGCAAGAUUCGUUGUUUUCUUAAGAUAUGUAGGCUACACUCUAUUGAUGAGACAGUUCUCCUUUGCAAGAAUAUGCAACACACACAAAACAACAACAACAAAACAAUAAAUCGUAAAUGCUUCAAUGUAACAAAAUAUUUUUUACUUCACACGAUCUGUCAUGCAUAUAUUUUUCAAACGGUGUAAUUUCCUCCUGCGUUUUCACUUGUUGAGUCGUCUAAGUAGCCUACAUACAGUUCCUCAAAAUUAUUUUGUAUAAUUAUGGUUAAUUGUAAAUAUCUUUAAUCCCUUGGAUUUGUCAAAACAAGACGAUUAUCAAUUCUGAUAAUUACGUUCAUAAUAAGCGAUUAAUGCAUGGAUUAUUUCAUUGCUCUUUCACUUUGAACUACUAAAUUGUAGCCUGGUCAGAUGGAUGUUAAAUAUAUGCUGUACAUUAUUUAGUGAUUUGAAUAUCACAGAAUAUUGUAUUUUGGUCUGUGUGUCAAGGGACCAUUUUUACCAUAUCUUUCUUGUUGUAGUUAGUCAAGCAAAGGAGGCAUAUACAAGGCCGUUACAGACUGCCUCCCGAAUUUAGGGUGUCAUUUCCACUACCGAGUUCUCAA